UAUUCAAAAUGGCUAGAUCAACUCUUUUAUUUUUCUCACGAAAUUUGCACAGUGUGAGACCGCAUAUACCUUUAAUUCAAUUUCCUAGACGAUUUCCACAAGGAAGUCCAAUUAUUUCAGAAACACCACAUACAUCUUUGCCUGAAACAAGAUUGUCAAAUAAUAAUGCUGUGGUCACACACAACUUUAAUGCUAUAGAUGAAUCAGACUUGCCUACAAAAUACCAAAGGAUGAUUAUUCCACCUGAGGAAAUACUUUACAUAGAGAGAGGUGGACCAGAUUGAAAUGACAGGAACAAAAGUGUAGUGUCAAGAAUUGAUGGAUUAUUUUGAUAUAUGAUAUGUAUUUAUAUAUAAUAUAGUUUUAUGAUAAUAUUCAUUCAAUGAUGUAUAACCGAUUCCUGUUCGAAUUAGUAUUGCGAAUUCAAAAUAGUUAUGUCAAAAAGAUGCAAGGUUGCACCUAUUGAACAAGAAGGGACAGUAGGGUGCCCUGGGUACGAGUUUAGGUAGUUUUGAUUGUACCACAAUGCAUUGGUCUUAAAAUGGCGUCGAAAUGUACGAAAAGGGGCAUUUUUCAUAGUACUCUAAUAAUGCUCUAAUAGGGUAUUUCCCCCCACCGGAACAGUGACCCACGUAAUGAUGGCGGACGAACGAAGGUAAUUUGAUACAGGGUUUUUUAAAUCACACAAAUGAUAUUAUCGUUUGGACGGAGAUGGAGAUAACAAUGUAGAAGGAGUCGAUAAUGGUGGAAAUUGAAGUUCGUUUGUUGCGCGGUUCGGUAUAUUUUGCCGGCGAGCCAAUACGUUGUCAAAUCACCUUCACAAACACGGCUAAGCGUGCGGCGACAACGAGUAGCCAGGAUUCGCGCACAAAUCACGUCAAAUCUUCGCAGUUUUCUCGUAGAAAAGUGAUAGGAAUAGAGACGAUAGCUUGGGCUAGCGCUCAGAUUCAUUGCCAGUGUACGAUCAAUGACACACGCGUGCAAAUGCCUGAUAUCGAGAGAAAUAUUUUGCAAGAUUUGGUUCCCAAAGACGAGGCUGCCACUACAAGUUUCAUGCCCUCAAAAGGUGAACGGGGUCGUUGCUUGCUGUCCACAAAGCCCAAGAUUCUCUUUUGUGAUCUAACAUUAGCAGCUGGGGAGUCUAAAUCAUACUAUUAUGAAGAUGCUGUGCCAUUUGACUCUCCGCCAUCAUACAAAGGAUUAGCGGUGAAGUAUUGUUAUAAAAUUACUGUUGGUGCUGGUAGACUGCAGUCAACAACAAAAUUGGUCCGAUUACCUGUAAGGAUAUUAGUAUUAGAAGGGCUAAAGGAGUUCAAUCAUUGUUCCUCUUCAAAUGGAUGUUCUUCAAAUCCAUUUUUAAAUGAUAAUAUUAAAGCAAGAUCAAUGUUAGAUGUUGCUGUUGAGAAGUUGACCACAAUAACUUGUAAGAAAAGUCAAUAUAUUUAUAAUGUGGUGAACAAGGAUGGUCUUGUGGGAUGUUUUAUUUUAUUUAAAUCAGCUUAUAGAAUAGGAGAUGAAAUUUUAGGAAUUUUCGACUUCAGAGGAUGUAAAGUGAAAUGCACAAAGUUGAUAGUAACCCUUCAAAGUGAAGAGCAUGUGUGUGGGGAUUACAAGAAAGCUUCAUCAAAACACUUGCACAGUCAUACUUCAUACUCGACACAGCAAGAGUUUUGCCUGUACUCAAAGAAAAUACAGAUACAACUGCCCAUUCCUAUCACAGCCACGCCAGAGUUCAAAUCUGAUAUAGUUGAUGUGCGGUGGCGACUGCAUUUCGAGUUUUAUCUUUCAACGAGUGAACUACAUACAGAUGAAUCAACAGAUGAGCAGGACACAGCUGAAGUGUGUGUUGUGGCACCCCCCUCUCUGAACAUUGAGACGAUGACCUGGGACCUUCCUCUUAAGAUUGUGCCUUGUAAUCCAGUUCAGGCCUCCGCGAUAUCUCUGCUCAGGACUACAGCCACGUCAACAUUUUGAAAAACACAAGGUUUUGAGGUUGUCAUAUAAUUAGGACCCUGUGGGAAAUCGAGAUUCAGAGCUGCUGUCUUGUUCUCAGAGCUAAUGUGUUAUGAUAUUGCCAAAAAAAGUGAAAUGGUUUUAUUAAUUAACUGCCAAAAUGUGCAAUUAUGGACUUCUCAACAUUUUCAUCUUGCGGCUCACAGUGGUGGGAUUGUAAUAUGAACAAGAAUGCCUCAAUAUGCUGGUACAUUGAGAAGUUUUUUUGUGUACCUUGGGCAUUUAAAAAAAGCCUAAGAUAAGACAACAGCCUUUCCUUCUUUUGUACAUAAUCUACCAAUUGUAAAGGUGGUCAUGUAUCGGAAAAUUAGUGAACUAUAUAUUAGGGAUGAAUAUUUUAUUUUUGUAAACUUUUAGGUAGUGCUAUUAAUGGAUGCAAUCACCCUUUGUUCGCAUUAAAACAAAUUUCUAAAACGGA